AGACAGCAGCAGCUGCUGCCAGCAGAGUCCAGCUCUUUUUUCUGUCACUCUCCGUUGCGCCUCGCGCCUGCUAUCCCUCCCACCAGGUGCAAAGCAGCUCUGCCAGUUCAGGCAGGCACGGGUUCAGAGGGAGAAGCAAGAAGGACGCCAAAGAGGCAGAGGCGGCAGCAGCGGCUGCCAUGGUUGCUGCUGCUGGCAGGGUGCAAAGCAGCUCUGCCAGUUCAGGCAGGCACGGGUUCCGGGGAAGAAGCAAGAAGGAUGCCAAGGAAGCAGAGGCGGCAGCGGCGGCUGCCAUGGCUGCUGCUGCGGCAGCGCUGGCCGGGGCAACUGUGGAGGUCACGGGUCUCUUCCCAGGCGCGCUGCUGGGGGUGGCCUACCGCAUGCCCAAGAAGGCCUCUCUGCCGGGGGUCAGCCUGCCGUCUGCUGCGCUCUCCUCCCGAGCUGGUGGGUUGGGCUCUUGCUUAGCUAAGUGUGCAGUGAGAGCAGCGCUCAUUGAGUCGUCACCGGAAUCUAUGGCGGAUUACUGUGAGCAUCCGCCAAACUUCCACCUUAUAAGCUGGGAGACGUUCAAGCCAGUCAGCGGCAUGCUACCAGAACCGCACUGGACCGCGUGGGACCCCAUUGUAGAGUACUGCGCCUUUGCCUACGCCACGCACAUCGUGGUGGCAACGCUGCGCCCGCAGUUCCGCUGCCUGGGCCACGUGGCAGUCAGAGGGGCAACAGGAGGCACGUGGCACCGCCGCCAGCUCUUCCUGGCUACCCCCACCUCAGUCGAGUGUGUGUUUGUGGAUGCGGGAGUGAGUGCGAUCGACCUGGAAACGAGGAGGCGUAAGGAGGAGAGGAAGAGGAGGGAGGAGGAGGCGAAGGUUGUGGCAGAGAAGGGCGAGCUGGCGCUGCUGGCCAUGGCGCCUCCCAAGACGGAUGAGGCACCGGAGAGGGUUCAGCUGCGGCCUCCCAUGCUGCAGGGCGAGCUGGCUCUGCUGGCCAUGAAGCCUCCCAAGACGGAUGAGGCACCUGAACGGGUUCAGCUGUGCCCACCCAUGCUGCAGGGCGAGCUGGCUCUGCUGGCCAUGGCGCCGCCAAAGACAGGAGGUUUGUGCGGCACCUGUGAGCGUGGGAAGGGCGAGCUGGCUCUGCUGGCCAUGGCGCCGCCCAAAACAGAUGACGCACUGGAGAGAGUGCAGCUGCGGCCUCCCAUGCUGCAGGUGGUCCGCCUCGCCUCCUUCUCCUCCCCCCCAGCAGUCCCUCCAAUCUCAGCCAUGGCUCGAGCCCGCAGCCUAUCAGCCGACGCCACGUCAGGCCCGCCCGGCACGUCAUCAGGCCCGGGGCUGCUGGACGGGCCCGAGGUGAAGCCGCCUGAAGUGGUGGUGGGCGGCGGGGGCAUGCCGGUGGCAGCCGGGCGGCUGCCGAUGGAGCAGCGGCGGCCGGUGGGGCAGGUGUAUGUGGUGGGGGUGCGAGACGGCGUCCUGUGGCUCGUGGACCGGUACAUGACAGCGCAUGCCAUCUCCCUCUCCCACCCAGGAGUGCGCUGCCGGUGCCUUGCUGCUCAUGGCGACCCUGUUGGUGCCGUCAAGUGGGCGUCCCGCCCGGGGAGAGAGCACCAUGACGACUUGGCCCAGUUCAUGGUGGGCAUGGGAUAUGCGAGAGAGGCGCUGCACCUGCCAGGGCUGUCCAAGAGGUUUGAGUACGAGUUGGCGCUCUCGUGUGGCGAGUUGGACCGCGCGCUGCACUGCCUCAUGGCGCUCUCCCGCCCCAUGUCCGCCUCGGGGGCGGCCGUGACUGAUGCCGAUGCAGCCUUGGACAGCCAGAUGGACUCCACUGGCAUCCUUGCCAUGGCGGCUUCUCAAGCCAACAUGAUGGAGGCGGCAGUGGGGGUGGCGCGCUAUGCCUCAGAUUUCCUCGACCUGGUUGAUGCUGCGGACGCCACGGGGCAGGCUGACGUGGCGGUCCGAGCGCUGCGCCAGCUGGCGGGGGCGAGCCUGCUGGAGGGCGCCCUGCUGCCAGCCGUGCAGCGGAGAGUUUCAUUGCGCCUGGCCCUGCACGGGGAGGGGACGAGACUACAGAUGCAAAUUCAAUCACUUGUGCGGGGAGGGUGCGGUCGGGAGGCUGCAUGUGCAGCAGCGCUGCUGGGGGAUGCGAAUAUUCCCAUGGCCGGCCCACCCUGGCACCCCUCCUCGAUGGCUGCGGAAGGAGGAGUCCCACGGCCGGCCUACCCUGGCAGCGCUCCUGAAGCAAUGGAACCGGUGGUGCAGCUGAAGCGGCACAACAUGCUGCACACAGCGCAUUUCAACACCCUCUUCGCCAACACCCAGGCCUCCGAAGACCCCUUCCAAACCCUCGCUCCCACCACCAAAGACCCGCCCAUCCAAAUCGUCCCCCCUUGGGAAUUCUCCGUCGCUCAAACCUCAGAGGAUGGCAGUAUGGGGUUCGGAGCAGCAGGAGGGGUUGCUGGAGGAUACCAGUCUUCUGCUGCAGCAGCCGCGGCCGCAGCAGCACCACCAACAUGGUCCCUUGCUACCGCUGCUGCGGGAGGGAACUGGACCGCACCUGAUUCUGCCACACAAGACGAUGCUCUGUUCUCGCGCCCCCCACCUCCUAGGGCUGGCUCCAGUGGUGUAGAGGGCAUGUCUGCUCCGCUUGACCUUUCGGUGCUGGAAGGGGCAGGUGAGCCAAAGCGUGGGCCGGCGACCAUUGCUGUGCCUGUGGAUUUCGGUCAGUUUGAGAGAGAAUUUGCUGCCAAGGCUAGGGUUGCUGAGAGUGGGAGGAAAGAGGGAGCAGCAGCGGCUGGAGUGGGCUUGGCAGGAGGAGCAGCAGGAGUAGCAGGAGCAGGAGGGGUGACUGCGUUUCAGGGGGUUGAGAGAGGGACUGGGGGCAAGGAGCAUGGGAAGGGAAAGGCAAGUGCAGGGAGUCAGGGGGAGGGAGGGAGGGGAGGAGGAGGCGUGGGGCCUACUAUGGCAGAUCUGGAAUGGGCGGCUUUGGGCGGCAACUAG